GCCAAGUGCGCAUGCGCAAGAAGCGGUGCUUUUUGUGAAUGGUAAGGCGGUACCUGGGACACAUGGCAGAUCCCAGAAGCUGCCGGACCAAUCACAAAGCGCAAGUGCUUCUCGCUCAUGCGCGCACUGGGCACCCGGCUGUCAUGCCGAGCACCAUUACAGAAGCCGGGAAGACAGCACGCGGCUGGAUCGAGAAACAGGUAAGAUGAAAGAACAACUCCGCGGAAGUAAGAGCGGGUACCUGUCAAAUUCGGGUACCCGCUCCCCACCUCCCCAAAGGUCAGCAGUCAUCUCCUGUAAGGUCCCGCUGCAGAGCUGA